AUGGUUUUACGUCGGUACGUGCUCCGCGCGGGAUGGCCGACGAUGCGGGAUUGCGUUUCCCGUCGACUAAUGGCCUCCCGGAACGCCGUGGAUGCGGGAAAGGGAAAUUUUUUCGCCUUUUUUAAUUUCCCGAAACAACCGGAGGUCGACGUGGCGGAGCUGCAGAAGCGCUACCACGCCCUUCAGAGCCGUGUUCACCCGGACCAAGCCGCCGUGAUGGCUUCUCAAGAUCAACGCCAAGGGGUCGACGCCACGGACGUCUCUGUGUACGCGAACUCGGCGUAUGAAACCCUACGCGAUCCGUUUCUUCGGUGUAAGUAUCUCUAUCGAAUUCUCCUCGCGCAAGAGGAUAAAGGGGGGGAGCCUCUGACUUCCGAGGAGGAGGAGAACCUUCUCGUCGAGGAUGAUAAGAAAAGCAUGGCGCAGCAUCGAAAAUCAGCCAGUGAUCAGCUUGAUGAGGAGUUCAUGGUGGAAUUAAUGGCGAUGAAUGAACUCAUCUUCGGUUCCGAUCUUGAGGAUCCGAAUACCCGGGUGCGGUUGGAAGUCUUGCAAUACGACCUGAAGGAGCGCAACGCCGAUUACUAUGAUCGCGCGAAGGAGGCCUGGCAUGCGAAUGAUAUGGAGACCUUCAAGCGGUUGGUUCUCGAGUGGACCUACAUCCACAACGCGGUCGGUCAUUUGAAACAAAUCCUGUAA